AUGGCCAGCAAAGUACCAAACGUUAAAUUAAACAACGGGCAAUUAAUGCCAGUGUUAGGUUAUGGGACUUGGAAUUUUUUAAAGGAAAACCAAAUACGUGAUGCUGUAAGUGUUGCUAUUGACGUUGGCUACCGUCAUAUUGAUACGGCGUCUGUUUAUAAAACAGAACCAGAAAUCGCUGAAGCUGUAGAGGGUAAAAUUAAAGAUGGUGUGGUCAAAAGAUCUGAUCUCUUCAUCACAUCAAAGCUAUGGAGUACCUACCAUGAUCCAGAAUGGGUUGAGUUUGCAUUAAAGGAGAGUUUAAAAGCCUUAAAGACCGACUAUCUGGAUUUGUAUUUGAUACAUUGGCCAUUUGCAGAUUCGGACGAUAAAGAGUCGUUUUUAUAUGAAGAUGGUUUGAGACCAUCAAAGAUUAAACUGUUGGACACCUGGAGGGCAAUGGAAGAACUGGUACUAAAAGGUUUAGUUAAAAGUAUUGGUUUAUCUAAUUUUAAUGCUGAACAAGUUGGAAGAAUAUUGAAUGAUAAAGAUCUCAGAGUAAAACCAGCUGUUAAUCAGAUAGAAAUACAUCCAUAUUUUACCAAUACAGAAUUAGUUGAUUAUUGUCAGAAAGUUGGAGUUGUCGUUACAGCAUAUUCACCAUUAGCUAAAGGCGGAGAAAAUACCACUGAAGAAAAACCUGAUACACUUACUGAUCCAACCAUAGUCAAGAUAGCUAAAAAGCACGGCAAAACUCCUGCUCAAGUUGUAUUAAGAUGGGGUAUUGAUAGAGGAUAUACUCUCGUACCAAAAAGUGUUACACCAUCAAGGAUUAAAGAAAACUUUGAGAUAUUUGAUUUUUCAUUGACACCAGAAGAAGUAAAAGAAAUCAAUGGUUUAAGCAGAGAUUAUAAAUGCGCCAAACUCCUAAUGUAA